AUGAUAGGUGGUUUAGUGGUUAUCUUGAGUUGUUUAGCGAGUUUUGGUCAAGCAGUACCAAAUAACAAAACUAUUGAUAAGGUAGCAGAAUAUAUUGAUCUGUUGCAGAGCACUGGUAAGUACCAUAUGAUCUAUAACUUGUUUGGUGUUGGUAAUGGAGUAUCUAAAGACACUUUACGGAAGCGGCAAACGGCUUUACUUAAGGAGUGUUAUUUGCAGAAGAAGAGUGGAGGAAGUCCGUUAGGAAAGGAGAUUAACUAUAACUUAGCUCGGACUUUGAUUUCCACGGGAUACCAAAUUCUAACGGAUCCAGAGCUUAAGGAGGCUUAUGACUGGGUGCUUAAUGAUGCUCCGCCUGAGUUUAUGUUCCAGUAUAGGCGAAGAAAGGAGAAGAGUCUUGCUCUUUUCUCCUUUAUGCCUUCGGCUCUCUUGGUUGCUCUAGUAAGUUUAGGUGUUUGGCUGAUUCUGGAUAUCGUUUAUACUUUCGCAUCUAGGUCUGGAAGUCAUCGGGCGACUAAGAAGGAAAAGCAGAAGGAGAAACGUGGCAAGCAGAAGGGAGGUGUUCGGUUGCCAACUUGGCGGGACACAAUGACAGCUCGGACUUUUGGUUGGGGCUUUUCUUUCUUAGCACAGACCUUGACUUAUAAGUAG